AUGAUCUCCCGACAGGCAUACGCUCCGACUCCUCACAGUUAUGUGCCAAACACAACACUGUCGGCGACCAUCGACUUGGACGAGGAGGUUAAACUUGCAGAGACUCGAGCUGAAAGAGACCUGCAAGACUCCCUAGCUGAGAUAUUCUCCAUCAUCAUAACAUUAGACGAACUUGAGAAGGCAUUCCUCAAAGAUGCAAUACCUGAGGCGGAUUACACUGAGAUCUGCGAGCGUUCUUUGAAGCAGUACAAGUCCAUAUUAGCAGAUGAUACUGUGGCCAAGGCAUUCGUAGGCUUAGACGAGUUUAAAGCUGAGUGGGACCUCGAAGUUCCUCGAGCGACAGAACGAUUGAAGGUCGGCAUGCCAUCUACAGCUGUCAAUGCUUCCGCAGGUUCGGCCCCGGCGCCUGCAGCAGCAACGAACAACAAGUCCGGGGCACUUAUUCUCGAAGCCACUCAAGACUUCAUCACCUUUUUAGAUGCCCUGCGACUGGGUCUCCUCGCCAAGGAUCAACUUCAUCCAUUGUUGACCGAUGUGAUUCAGAGCGUCAAUAAGGUCACCGAUCGCGAUUUUGAGAACCGAGGCAAGAUCAUCCAGUGGCUGAUCACUUUGAAUCAAAUGAAAGCGACCGAGGAACUAAGUGAGGAGCAGUCUCGAGAAUUGGAGUCCGACAUCAACUCAGCAUACCUGGGAUUUAAGAACAUCCUCACUUAG